AUCUUGUCUUUACAGGGGCUGAACAUGCGUCCCUGCUCUACUGUCAUGCACCUGCUGCUGCGAUGCAUGCGCGGAUGUGGCAGACACAGUCGCAGCCGCAUGCCCAGAAGACUGAGGCAGCCUGUGAGCUACAUCAAACUGAUCUUCAAAUCCCUUUAUUUUAACUCGCUCACUAACUCUGAAGUGGUACUGGACUGCAUCCUUGAACCAGUGUUUUGGAUGGUGGAGGUUGUCACACGAUGGUUUGGAAUGGUUUUUGUGUUUUUAGUAGUAGCUCUUACCAGUUCUGUGGUUUUCAUCGCAUACUACUGCCUUCUACCGCUGGUCCUCCAAACGUACUCUCUUGGCUGGAUGAUGUGGCACAUUUGUUACGGGAAUUGGAUCUUGGUCAUGAUUGUCUUCCAUUACUACAAAGCCACAAACACUCCUCCUGGAUACCCUCCAAAGGUUUGGCACCCUUGA